AAAAUCAGAUGGUUUUAGUUUGUUUACUAUAUUUAUUAAUUCUUUUACUUGAAAUCGAAUUUCCAAAAUUGUUAGAUUUUAAAAACAGUAUUAAUAUAAUUAUAUGCCUUAUUUAUUUUUUGAAAAUGUUAGACCAAGUAAAGCAAAUAAUCCUUGUGCUAUCAGGAAAAGGGGGUGUCGGCAAAUCUACUGUUAGUACUCAAUUAGCGCUGACUCUAAAAGAAAAAGGAUUUAAGGUGGGAUUACUGGACAUAGAUUUGUGCGGGCCGAGCGUACCCUACAUCUUAAACCUCGAGGGGCAUAGUAUCCACCAGGGUCCUGAUGGGUGGAUACCAGUCUACUUGGAUAAUGAACAAAGGCUUGGUGUAAUGUCAAUAGCAUUUCUAUUGAAUUCUAGAAAUGAUGCAGUUGUGUGGCGGGGUCCUAAGAAGACUUCAAUGAUAAAACAAUUCCUUGAAGAUGUGUGCUGGCAAGAUCUUGAUUUCCUUGUGAUAGAUACACCACCAGGCACUUCUGAUGAGCACAUAACAGUAAUGGAGAACCUCCGGCAAGUGCCUAACUGUUCAGCAGUAAUUGUCACAACACCACAAGAGGUUGCAAUUGAAGAUGUCCGUAAGGAAAUCACAUUUUGUAGAAAAACUAACAUUCCUAUUAUGGGUAUCAUUGAGAACAUGAGUGGGUAUGAAUGUCCGACUUGCAGCCACUGUACAAACAUCUUUUCAAGUGGUGGAGGCAAAGCCCUGGCCGAUAUUGCUAAGCUCCCAUUCCUUGGAAUUCUUCCCAUAGACCCAAGAGUGGGCCAACUUGCUGGUAGAGGUGUGGCCGCUGUCACAGAAUUACCUGAGUCAACUACAAGUAAACUUUUCAGCGACUUAGUUGGAAAGCUAUCAACUGUAGUACAUAAUGGGUCUUGAAUAUAAAUGCACAGUAGUUGAUAUGUUAUAAUAAUAACCUAGUUGGAACAAAAUAUGUGUGUGUACCAGAAUACACAGGUAGGAAGUGAAACUUGUUUAUACAUAUCAUUUUUCUUCUAUUUACAACAUCACAGAAAAUGAGUAGCUAAGAAAAAAAAAAUCCGUAUUAAAUUAAAGUUAUUUUAUUAUUAUAGACAUGCAUACAAAUAAGUAAUGUGUUUUGAUUUUAUCACUUUCAAACUCUUAUAUUAUUAUUCUUUACAUCACUAUACUGAACUUUGAUAAAAUAGAACAUGGUGUGUAACCGAAGGUCUUGAUGAUAUAGAUACAUUGCUAUAAAAUGUCUCUCAUACAUCUUUAAUGAAGUUUCAUUUCAAUAAAGAAGUCUUAAUGAACCUGUAUGUAGAUAUUUAUUAUAGUCACAGCUUUCAUACAUACCAUUAAUAUGUCUUAUGAUAGGAGUUACACACUGUUUCCAAGGGAAAUGUACUUUUCUCAGGGUCUGCAGGAUAUUCAUUCACUCACAUCCUGUAUGUUGUGAGUAUAUAUUUGUACUAUUGCAUGCAUGCAUUGAAUUACAUGCAGUGGUCAUAGUGAUGUCUUCAUUUCUACUAUGGAGUCCACUUCAAAUGCUUAUUGAAACUUAGGUAUAUGUUUCAAUGGGGCUGACUCAUUUUCUUCAUUUAUAUUAAUAUUGUAAGAGGUGUAGGUUAAUUAUAUAUGUAAAUAUUGUAGAAAUGUAAUUAUGUAAUUGUUUUAAUUUGUAAUCAAUAAACAUUUUUACAAAA